CCCAUAUUUCGAGUUGAAACCACAUGGUGAUCCUGCUCGAAAAUUAUGUCAGUUGCAGUAGCGCCCGUAGUUGUGUUCGUGACAUCGGAAUUCGAAGCGGGAAAUCAUGCGUUAUCAUAUAAAGAAGGCUGCUCUACGAUGUUCUCUUCCGGCUUGACGUGGGAGCAUCUGCAGCCCUCGGCCUGACCCUGUCUUUACAGCAUUCGUUUAGAGAAAACAAAUUCAUUCGCUACUUAUUUACUUAUGUUUCCCUCCUUGGCAGUUCUGUCGAAAAAGGCAUAAUUGUCUUGAAUAUCUCUCUGCAAUACCACCCCAAAUUGUGACACAUACAUACUUCUAAUACACGUUGAUCGAGAUGAAAACCACCGCUAUACUGUUUGGCCUCGUCGCCCCUCAGGUUCUGGCCUACCCUGGCAUGGGCCGCGCUCUAGAUCAAAUCAAGUCUCGUCGUGAUUAUACACUACAGAGCAGGUCUACAGAGUUACUGGGUGAUCUCAAGACUACGAAAGACAAGGACUUGACAUCCUCAGGGUCGACCAUCAAGUCCGUCCUCGAAGGCGGGAGUGCUAUAGCGGAUGGUAGCACGUACAAGCCUUCCGGCGAUCUUGCAUCUGACACAUGCAAGAAAUCCACUUUAUGUGUCUGGUAUAAUAUCGUCCAAGAUCUAAAGGCAACCUUCACAGACAGCAACGGCUGCACAGACCUGGCUCGUGGCGCAAUCCGUCAGGGAUUCCAUGAUGCCGCGGCAUGGGAUAAGAACUCGGCAUACGGGGGUGCUGACGGUUCUCUUCUCCUCAGUGAUGAGAUGUCUCGUGUCGAUAACUUGGGGCUCGAGGAUAUUGCAGCCCAAACUAAAGACUGGUACAACCAGUACAAGGGAUAUGGCAUCAGCAUGGCCGACUUGAUACAGACUGCCGCCAUGACUGCAACUGUCUCUUGUCCCGGAGGACCUCGCAUAAAAUCUUUCGUCGGGAGGAAGGACGAUAGCAGGGCAGCUCCCACCGGCCUGCUCCCGUUUCAGUAUCAGAAUGCCGAUUACCUGGUCGACCUUUUCGCUGCCAAAACGUUCACCUCCAAUGACUUAGUUGCCCUGGUUGGCGCUCACACGUCAUCGAAGCAGAAGUUCGUCGACACGAGUCGCACCAAUGCUCCGCAGGAUACCACCCCUAAUAUUUGGGACACGAAAUUUUAUUCGGAGACCAUCGCGGGAGACAACAAGACCAUCUUGAUAUUCCAUAGCGACAAGAGCAUCUCUUCCUACUCAGAGACUCAGGCCCAGUUCAAGGCCUUUGCUGGUUCUAACGGCAAAUCCCUUUGGUCCCCAGCCUUCGCUCAGGCGUUCUUUCGUAUGAGCUUCCUUGGAGUAAACAACUUGAAUAACCUUACCGAAAUCACCCAGGUCCUUCCUUUAUCACAAUAGGGGGGUUAUAUAGUCGUUAUUUCACAACUGUCAUAUAAAAGAGACUUCGAAGUUUUAUAUUUUUACUUGUUUGGAAGAUAUUUCGCAUCACAUCUGAUUGUACUGUAUUAUGAUAUUCACACAUUUAUACGACUGUCUAUUAGAAUAUAUCAUAUUCGUUGUGUAUAUAGCUUUGCCCGCUUGAUUAACUUAGUGGCAUAGGGACCUACCUAAAUUCCCCCAGCUACCUGCCUAACGUACCUAAAUACAAUCUGAGAUUUGGAAUACGGUAUUAGACAAUACAUCGAGCUUCAUUUAACUAGAAGACAAGAACUA